UCUCACAAUUACAUAAUAACUCCUGGUUUUUUCUUUCAUCAAUUGAUUAUUGGCUCAGCUGGUAGUUUUAUUCUUUUUCCCUUUGCUGCAUUUUGAAGGUAUAAGUUUUUAAUCAACCAGACCAAAGCACCUGACAACAUCUAUCUGGAUAGAGGAGUAUUUGGUCGACUGACAAUCAACGCCAACCAAUUCCCUGAACUGAACCUGGGCCUUGUUUUGGCUGCAACACAUCCCACAAAAUUAUCAUAGACAUAAAAAAGGCAUUAGUUGUCGGGGUGCAGUAAAGAGCUCUUCAAAAUGUCCAAUACGCUGAAAAGCAUCAUUGUUAAGCCCAUUUUCCUCAGGAUGAAAGGUAAUAAUUUAAUUCUCUAGUUGAUGUUUUGUAUUGUGGAAUAUUACAUGUUUUUGGCAGUGUUUAAAUCUACGUGCCACUAAUUUCUAACGCUUAUAACACAAAGCAGAUCUUGUUCUAAAACUGAGCAUCUCCUGGGAGAUUUUAGUUUUGGAAUUACAUGUGCUGAGUUUAUUCUGCUUGCCUAUUAAAUUUACAGCCUUUUGGCUUUAAAUUUGUUGAAUGUUUAUCUCUACAAUUAAGAAAUUAGGAAGCUUUGGAGAAAACUCCCAGCGGUGGCUUCGCGGUGGGCAUCUAUUGUUUUUUUUUUAUUCUGCUUGGACCUAAGCACAAUUUUUAGUGUUUUUAUUUAAUAAUCGAGACUUCCUGAAGUUUCUCUCGUAAUUUGAGCAGGUGUUUGCCUAGGACUUGAUUCGUUCUUCAACGUGAUUAGUAAAAAUAUAAGUUUGCAUUUUCUAAGGCAUUAUCGUCAAACUUCAAAAUUAGCAUACAGGUAUGACAAGACCUCAUCGAUAAAGUGGAUCAUGUUUCCUAAUUUAGAAAGUUAAGUUGUCAACAAUAUUUCUGAGUUACACUGGUUCCAAUUUAGGAGCAGAACACGGAAACUGAAAGUCAUUCUUGGUACCGCUUUCCUCAUGAAGUUUAGAAGCUGCUCAUGGCGGAAAGUGACCCCUGUUCUCAGUCUCCUAAUUUAUCACACUCUUGGCGUGUAUUAUUUAUUUUCCUUAAUGCUAUCUCGGGCGUGAUUGCCCUCGGUGGAAACUCGGUCAUACUGUUGUCCAUUUAUAAAGUGCGUUCUCUUAGAUCAAGACCUUCUAAUAUCUUCCUUGCGUCUUUGGCUUCUUCAGAUGCGUUGGUGGGCCUGUUGGUGUACCCGACAUACAUCGUCUUAACAGCAAAAAAUUUAUGGUUCGGCCGCAAUGUGGUGUACAGGAUGGAAAACUUUUUGUGGAUUCAGAGUUUGGCAACAUCCACUUUCACGCUGUGUGCCAUAAGCGUCGAUAGACUGAUUGCAGUCACACUUGCAAUUCGUUACGGAAGCAUAGUGACCAAAGGCCGUUGUUGGUAUGUUGUCUUCUCAAUUUGGAUCUCUUCCAUAUUGUUUGCAUGCUCGGCUAUAUUUGAUCACAGCAUUGACAACCAGUCCAUUCUGUGGAUAACGUGCCUUGGCUUGACUUUCGUGCUGCCGUUCGCAAUCAUUACUUAUUGUUACGCUCUCAUAUUUCGAGCUGCUAACGAACAAAAAAAAAAGGUCAGUCAUCUCAAUCCGGCUGAGGCAACCGAAAUGCUUAAAAACAAGAAAGCGGCGUGGACUGCGGGAAUAGUAAUAGGGAUUUUUUUCAUUACGUUUUUUCCAAACGUAGUGUUUUCAUCUAUAGAUGUAGCUACCAAGAAUCCAUGUGAGAAGAAUAAGGUUUACCGACACUGGUUGUGGGGAAUUUUUUUGGCUUUCAGUAGUUCAGCUUGGAAUCCUUUCGUGUAUGCCGCGAGAAUUAGAGAAUUCAAGCAGGCGUUUAAAAAAAUUGUCAUUUAA